CCAUGCCGGGGGCACACGAAAUCACGUGAACGUUCACAACGAUCAUGUUCGUGAUACUCCCCAGAGCUCGGUCCCGUUGAUUUCGAGAGAAAUAUUCGAGGCGUUGUACGUGGAAAAUCGUUGAUUGGGAAAGCGCACAAUACCCUUGAAGACGAAAGACCAGUGGGAUUAAGGCCUACGACGCUCCUUGUCGCAAAUGAGCACGAAUAAUGACUGUCUUCUCGCGCUCUCAGAAUCGAAGGCCUAGGGAAGCGACGCCGUUAUCAGACGCCAGGAAAACUAAAACGCGGAGCUAUGAUCCAAUCCUUGGCGAGGUAGGAUCGGGUACUGCGGUGCUGACAAGGUAUAUAAGAAGGACAGUAUGCAGCGAGGACCAACAAGCAAACAGCAACACACUCCUGACUACAAUCACCACAUAACACGACAUCUCAAAUGAGCUCUAAGCAGAACAUCGAAGUAACGUCGGGUCAGGUCCACCCAACGAAGUACGGCAUCAUUCUGUUCCCCGGCUUCCAGCUGCUCGACGUCUUCGGACCCCUCGACGCACUCAGUGUGCUCUCCACCAGAGUCAAACUCGACCCUCUCAUUAUUAUCGCGGAGACUCUGGAUCCCGUCUACAGCGGAUCUGCCCAAUCGAUGUGGAACAGCGCAGGCUCGGACUUCGGCGCGUCCGUCGUCCCCACGCACACAUUCGAGACCGUGCCCGACGACCUCGAGGUGCUCCUGGUUCCCGGAGGCUCGGGCGCCGUCCAGCCCGGCGCCGACGACCGCAGGGUCGAAUUCAUCAAGAAGACCUACCCGAAGCUCAAAUACCUCGUCACCAUUUGCAACGGGGUCGGCCUCGCCGCUCAGGCUGGGGUCCUCGAUGGGAAACGCGCCACGGCGGACAAGGCGAUCUGGGUCAGGACGACCUCGCUUGGCCCGAGUGUCAACUGGGUGAAGACCGCCCGAUGGGUCGCGGACGGGAACAUUUGGACGUCCUCGGGAGUGAGCGCGGGGUUGGACGUCACGUUGGGGUGGAUUGCGGAAGUGUUCGGGGAGGAGACGGCCCGGGAGGUGGCGAACGUUCAGGAGUAUGAGUGGAAGAACGAUGCCAACUGGGACGUCUUCGGGUUCAUCUGGGGUGAUGGCAUGUAGGUUAGGGGAGCGGAUAGAAUCAGCGAAGCUGCAAUGUGGGGUUGUGAACUUACUGAAGUGGGAUGGAAGGGCAUGCAUAGAUUGAAUUGAAGUUGCAUUUCGGAU